AUGGAACGAGCUUUAGAACAAGCUUUGGAGGGUGUGGAGUGUGCCACUGGCAGUGCCCCACAGACACCUCCUCAAACGGAACAGUCUUCUCCUGAGGAAAAAUCUCUUCAUGAGAAACUUUACGACAUUUACGUUGAGCGAGGUGGACAAGAGCCUGGGGUUACAGAGGAAUUAAGAGACAUUGUGAAUUUGUUGGAGAAGCUGGUUAGGAAAGAGUUGCUGGCGUGUUUACUAGUCAGCAUAUACCCAGAAAAGGGGGGAUAUUCUGUGAUACUCAAGGGGGAAAAGGGCUCGUCAUAUUUGGAGACCAUUAACCUGCCUUAUGUGGUAGGGGAAUUACUCGAUUAUUUACAUGGAGAAGAAUUGCCCCCCAUUUUGGAAGAUAUUCUGGAAGAUUCUCAGGUUAAGAUUUUUUACUGGGGCUGUGUGGUAACAGAAAUACAGGACUACAGAUUUCCCGGUUUCCCAGGGCCUCGUGGUUACCAAAGCAGGUAUGUUCUCUUACACUCAACGAUGAAGACUUUAGCCUGUGACCAACAGUCCAAAACCAGUGAGAACCAGAAAUGGACCCAGCAAGACAAACUUGUAUGUGAGAGCCAACUGCUUUUAACUACUGCUGAACCACCGUGCCUAGGUCCUCCUAGAUCAGGAGCAGAGGUGACCACAGGGCCGAUGAAGAGGGGCAUCAAGAGGUGUUGUAGCCCCUCUCUGAAUGGGCAGGAGGAGCUGUCUCUUUUUCCAUUACCUCAUGAGCUAAGCCCAUUACCUUUGUGCCACAAAACCAAUGAAAGUGAAGCAGGUGAGCAGCAUGACCUAAUUUCUAAUGUAGAAAGUUCUGUGGAUAUGUGGCAACAGAAUCCCCGUGACUAUAACAUAACUUCUAAAGCAGAUGUUGAAAAAUAUGCUGAAGAAUUGGAGAAGUUUUUAGAAAAUGAUGACCCAAACUGGCCAAUCUUUGACAAAGACUAUGAUUCUAUAUUUGACUGGGAAUCUGGCAAUCUCCCCCAGACAACAGAGCUGGACUCGGUUAAGCCACUUGAUGAUCCAGUUAGCCUUGGAAAAGAAAGUUCAGGUAAAGAAGUCAGAGGUGAGACACAGCUGGCUUUCCUCCACAACUUCAAGAAUGAGGACUCAGUGUUCAGUGGGUCCAAGGAAUUGGUCCAUAAGAACCUUGGCAGGUGUCCAUGCCAGAUGUGCCACAGCUCCAGUGGCUCAGCCAGCCUCAGCCAACCUUCCCCAGGGAGAGACAUAGAACAGCCUGAGACCGUGGUGGCUCAGGCUUCAGUCCUGGGGGAGGAAGUCACACAGCCACCUCCAGGCAUCACACUUUCCUCCAGCUCCAGCCAGAGCUCCUCGCAUAACAGUCUUCUUCCACAGCAGGCCAGCAGCUCUCUUCAGUCUCCUGCUCCUGCUCCUGCUCGUGCCCAGGAAAGCUCUGUGGAAGUGAAUCAAGGUAACUACCUUCUUGCCACCACCCUGCCCAGCGCCAGCUCAUCACAGAGUGUCCCCGCCACCCAGGCCAUCGCCAACUGUGUCAGUCGGAACAUCAUCAGAGAAGGUGACCAUGUUGGUGGAGACCAGGCUGUGCUGAGUGGUCCCAGAUCCACGCAGGGCUCCAGCUGUCCGACCUGGGCUCCUGCAGAAGUCAAGCCCGACAUCCCACCCUCAGAAGCUUGUCCACAAAAUGCAGCACCCGCUGCACCGCAGCCUCCUUAUCAGGUCUCAAGCAGGUAA